ACUGCAGCUGUGCUCCGAAAUGAGCUUGGUUGGUUUGAAAAGCCAAAGAAUGGUGUAGGAUCUCUUACCUCACGCAUUGUCAGUGACACAUCAACUGUAAAGAGCAUCAUAUCUGAUAGGAUGGCAGUCAUUGUGCAAUGCAUCUCUUCAAUCCUGAUAGCAACAACGGUAAGCAUGUUCGUCAACUGGAGGAUGGGUUUAGUGUCAUGGGCAGUCAUGCCAUGCCAUUUCAUCGGCGGCCUUAUCCAAGCCAAGUCAGCCAAGGGAUUUUACGGCGACGCUGCUAUCGCUCACCAGGAGCUCGUGUCCCUUGCUUCGGAGGCUGCUAGCAACAUCCGGACCGUGGCAUCCUUUGUUUAUGAAGAUGAAAUCAUGAAGAAAGCAGAACUGUCACUGCAAGAACCCAUGAGAAUCACCAAGAUUGAGAGCAUGAAGUAUGGGAUAAUCCAAGGGAUCUCGCUCUGCCUGUGGAACAUCGCACAUGCAGUGGCACUCUGGUACACCACAGUUUUGGUCCAGAGAAAGCAAGCAUCAUUUGAGAACAGCAUACGGUCAUACCAGAUAUUCUCGCUCACGGUGCCUUCCAUCACAGAGUUAUGGACCCUGAUUCCCAUGGUCAUGUCAGCCAUAACAAUACUGAAUCCUGCAUUUGACAUACUAGACAGAGAGACGCAGAUUGUGCCAGAUGAACCAAAAGCGACAAGUGACCGCUGGCUCGUGGGGAGAAUUGAGUUUCAGGGUGUGAACUUCAACUAUCCAUCACGCCCAGAGAUCACCAUUCUGGAUGGCUUCAAUCUAGUCAUCGAGCCUGGCCAAAGGGUAGCAUUGGUUGGCCCAAGCGGUGCAGGAAAAUCCUCUGUCCUGGCUCUCAUACUGAGAUUCUACGAUCCGCACAGAGGUACAGUGCUAGUUGACAACAAAGACACAAGGGACUACAACCUCAGAUGGCUCAGGAGGCAAAUUGGAUUAGUUCAACAGGAACCAAUUCUGUUCAACACAUCCAUCAGAGAUAACAUUAGUUAUGGAAGUGAAGAAUCUUCAGAAACUGAAAUCAUCCAGGCUGCCAUGGACGCAAACAUUCACGAGUUCAUCAGCGGUUUGCCAGAAGGGUACGGCACAGUCGUUGGAGACAAAGGAGGUCAGCUUUCAGGAGGGCAGAAACAGCGCAUAGCUAUCGCAAGAACUCUACUAAAGAGGCCAGACAUUCUGCUUCUUGACGAGGCAACUAGCGCACUCGAUGGUGAGUCUGAGAGGGUGGUGAUGACUUCUUUAGGGGCCAAGGAGUGGAACAACAGAGGUGAGCGAUCAAGCAAUAUUACAAGCAUCACAGUGGCGCAUAGAUUGUCCACAGUCAUAAAUGCAGACAUGAUUGUUGUGAUGGAGAAAGGGAAGGUGGCUGAAACCGGUGACCACCAAACACUGAUAUCUGCAGAUGAUGGUGUUUACUCAAGGCUGUUUCACUUGCAAAGCAACAUGAAGGAUUGAUAGCUCUAUCAAGCCCCAUUGUAGCCACGAGACCCGAUCUAAAUAUAUUUAGGUGCUUUGCCAGCAUUUGCAGUAUUGCUCAGAUGCAUUUACUGUCAGUUGACAGAUUGUAAUAACAUAGCUAUCUCUUCAUAUGUUCAAGAUGCUUCAUCCAUGAGUUAAAAAAAUGGGUCACAUUGUCCUCCAUCCAACUUAAUA